AGAUGUGGAGAGAAUGAGCCAGAAAGAGGGACUGAGGGCCAACUCCUCUCAGUUCACUCUGGAGGGAGAGCCCUUUCGCAUCCUGGGGGGCUCUAUCCACUAUUUCCGCGUCCCCAGAGCCUACUGGGAGGACCGCCUGCUGAAGAUGAGGGCGUGUGGGGUCAACACUCUCACCACAUAUGUGCCAUGGAACCUGCAUGAGCCAGAGAGAAGGGUUUUCAACUUCCAGGACCAAUUGGAUUUAAAGGCGUACAUCAGCCUAGCAGCAGAGUUGGGGCUCUGGGUGAUUCUGCGGCCAGGACCCUACAUCUGUGCUGAGUGGGACUUAGGAGGGCUGCCCAGUUGGUUGCUGCGGGAUCCAGACAUGAAGUUGAGAACAACCUACCCAGGUUUCACAGAAGCAGUUGACUCCUUCUUUGAUCAACUCAUUCCAAGAGUUGCACCGUAUCAGUACUCCAAGGGGGGCCCAAUUAUAGCAGUUCAAGUGGAGAACAAGUAUGGCUCUUAUGCAAAAGACAUAGAAUAUAUGCCAUACAUAAAGGAGGCAUUAUUAUCCAGGGGGAUCGAGGAGCUGCUCCUGACCUCAGACAACCAGGAUGGGUGGAACCUCGGGGGUGUGAAUGGAGUUCUAGAAACCAUCAAUUUUCAGAAACUGAGCCCAGAGGGAUUUAAGUAUCUGGAUGCAAUUCAAGUGAGUGAAUGUAUUGAGCCCAAGAUGGUGAUGGAGUAUUGGUCUGGGUGGUUUGACCUCUGGGGUGACCUUCACCAUGUUUUUGCUGCUGAGGACAUGGUUGCUAUUGUGACGGAAAUCCUGAAACAGGACGCAUCAAUCAAUAUUUACAUGUUCCACGGAGGAACAAAUUUUGGCUUCAUGAACGGGGCCUUUGCAAUUGCCACGCCCAUGCCUAAGCCAAUGGUAACAAGCUAUGAUUACGAUGCUCCGUUAUCUGAGGCAGGGGAUUACACCACCAAGUACACUCUUCUGAGGAAUGUAUUGAGCCGCUACCACAGUGAGAAGCUUCCUGAGGUUCCCUCCCUCCAGGCCAGGAGAGUGUAUGAGCCUGUCAUCAUUCAGAAGCAUCUGUCACUGUGGGAGAGCCUGCAGUUUACUGAGAAGCCCUUGAAGUCAGAGAAACCAGUCAACAUGGAGAACCUUCCUGUCAACAAUAACAAUGGUCAGUCCAACGGCUACACUCUGUAUGAGACCAUAAUCCACAGCGGAGGCCUUCUGAACUCCAUGAACAAUGUUAGAGACAGAGCCCUGGUGUUUGUGGACAAACUCUAUGUUGGAGUUCUGGACUAUAAGACGCUGGAGUGUGCUCUGCCUGAUGGAAAGGGGGAGAGAACAUUGAGUUUACUCGUGGAGAACUCUGGGAGACUGAACUAUGGUAAACUCCUAGAUGAACAGCGUAAAGGUCUUGUCGGAGACAUUGAGUUGAACAAUACCCCGCUACGAGACUUUAUCAUUCAUAGUCUGGAUAUGAAGCCUGGCUUUGUAAAUAGACUGAGUGCAUCAGGCCAGUGGAACUCUGUUUUCCAGAAGCCUUCCUUCCCAGGGUUUUUCCACGGCAAGCUGUAUGUGGGUGGCCAUCCCAGAGACACCUUCAUCAGACUGCCUGGUUGGAGUAAAGGAGUGGUCUUUAUCAACGGGCAGAAUCUUGGACGCCACUGGUUCAUGGGGCCCCAGCAAACCCUCUACCUCCCCGCCCCCUGGCUUAACCGAGGAAACAAUCAGGUUGUUGUCUUUGAGGAGCAGGAAGCUGAUGGUAAAAUCCAAUUUGCCAGCGAGCCUGACCUUGGAAUGGCUGUUGACGUACAGUGAGGAUGGCCUGGUAGAAUGGAGGUAUGGUUAGGAGUUCCAUCCUCUCACAUUUCCACACUCUGCCUGCCAUCAGGGACCUAGCUGGAUAGCUACUCAGAAUCGAUGCACAUCACUGCACAUGGCAUUUAUUUCCUGUUGGGAAGCCCCAGCCUCUGAAUGAUCCAGACUAAUUAAGCAUCCUACUGGAUCUUGCAAGCGUAACUGUGCCUUCAUUAUAUUCGAUGGGCCACGGCAAUAUCUGUUUUGUACUUGUUGUUUGUGUAUUACCUUUUCAUACUGUAUGUCUAUUGUGAGAAUUUUGUCAGAGGAUACAAAUUUGGAGAUUUCAGGUAUUUUAAUGUAUACAUGUUUGUCUGGAUUUAAGGACACGUACUUUCACUAUGUCAUUGUAUUUCAUUUGAUUGGACAGCAAAUACAUAGAUUGUGCUUUUGAGAUGAACCAGUGACAUGUGAUGAUGAAUUAAACUGAACGAUCAAUG